ACAAUUGAACACAAAAUCAAGCCAAAAAUAUCGUUCAAAAUUCCGCCUUGUUAAAACCCGGUUUAACCAAAAAUUUGAUUAUACAAACUUUCGCUGUACGUUGAAACUUGAUUUUUGGUACUAACAUGGCAAGUGUUGAGUCAAUAACUCAAGGUUUUCUGUCUACAGUCUGCGUAUAUCUUGUAUACAAGAUUCUGAAAUACUUCACUAGCGAAGGAAACAGCAAAUUGCCAGCAACCUUUCGUUCAAACCGACGUCGACUUGGGGCGCUCGAAGAAGUCCUAGAUAUUCUUUCCACGGAAAAAUCUGGUGCAUCGAAUAUAUGCUUCGCGAUAUCCAUAGCAUCGAAACAGAGCUUGGUACUUCAACACGUUCGCGACGCUCUGAUACUCUUGGCCAAACGACAGCCAAUGCUUCGAGCAGUCAUAACAACAACGACGAAUGGUGAUAAAUAUUCUGAAAUCAAGGAAAUAUGUGAAGUCAUUGGAAUGUUAGAUAUCACCACUUCCGGUGUAAAGGCUUCGGACUGGCAAGAUGUCUGGUUUGAAUAUACAGCAAAACAGAGAGGAAAUGGUCUGUUAUGGCGAGUUGUGAUUUUGCGAGAGGAAUUCCUAUCUGAUAAUCGAAAAUAUGUAAAUACAUUAAUGUUUAAAUUUAACCAUUCAAGUAUCGACGGCGUGUCUACUGUCAAGUUUUGCAAGCUGUUCCUUAAUACAAUGAACGAACUCGCGAACGCUACUAGCAGUGUUGAUCAGGAAAUCCCCAGUCUUGAUUUGCUGCCACAAUUUCAUGAGAUUGUUACUCGACAUCGAAUUUGGCAUUCACUUUAUAAUUUGCUGCUAACCUAUUGCGGUCUGGGACCGAUAUUGAAAGUUCUUAUGAAAAAAAUUAUAACUCGCCAAAGGGAAAAGAAGCCGAAUAAUCCAUAUCACGAACAAUUCCCACCAAAUCCAGAAGUGUCUAAAUUAUCCGUGCCAUGCCGGUUGAAUAUAAAAGUAUUUAGUGAGAAGCAAUCGAGUGACAUUAUACAAACUUGCAAAGCAAAUAAUUGCACAGUAACUGGAGCUAUCACGGCAGCGGCACAUUUGGCGUUUUCUAGAUUUAUGGAACAUGGAAACCCUAAAGAUACGGAGAUAGAUUUCUCGUUUCCUAUCAAUGCCCUGCGCUUUUGUGAUCCAAAACCAGACAAGGAUUACUUAGGGUAUUUCGUGUACAUGCAGAAUGGUUGUUAUAUGAAGUACGCACCAGAUGAUGAUGGCGAAUUUUGGAAAUUAGCCAAAGAAACUACCGAGGAGAUCAAAUCUUAUGUGAAGAAAGAAAGAUAUAUAACUGAAGAGACUGUAGUCAGUGGAGUAAUGGAACCAAUAGAAAUAAUCAGCCCAUUCAUCACCGGCAAGCUAAUUCCCAAAUGCCCCUGCAAUUUAAUAUCAAGUAUGGGGUCUUUUAAUAUUGGUGGAGAACAAAACGUGACUUAUAAACUAAAUGAAUGUUUCAUAAACGACCUUACCCAUGAUGCCCCUGUACAUUUUCUCAUUAUAUUUACACCAUUAACGGCAAAAUGACCUGGGAAAUUGUCAGUAAUGUAACAGUAGAUGAUGAACACGCUGAGAUAUUUGCAAAUCAUUGUUACGAUAAACUUACUGAAGUGACUAGUAGCAGUGGUCCAGAUAAAAGUGAAAAAGAAAUUUAAUCUAUUACUCUACAUGUUACAAACCACCAACCAACGGCUGGUAUUUCAAUGAAUAUGAAUUAAUAUUGUUGCAUGAAGACAAUUUUAUCAAUAUAAGCUUAUCGCGAACAUCAUUGGCUGUAAUGACGAAAAUUCUUAACAAUUUGCUUAUUUGUCAAAUUUUAUCUUAUAAUAGUAUACGCGGCACUGUUGAAAAGCAAACUUGUGUUUAAUUAAUUAGUAACAUAAGUAUAAUUGUAAAUGUUUAAGGUUUGUAUUCAUUUAAUUGCAUGUAAGUCCUGAAGAGUAAUACCGUGUUUAAACAAAGUUGAGUUGAUACUCAACUCAAGCCAUAAAGUUUGUGAUUUUCCCUCAUGUCCGGUUUCAAGAAUGUACAUGCAGUUCUUACAAUAUCUUAUAUAUUUUAAAGAUUUCUC